UGCUCUAAACGCUUAAAACCAUGCCGCUCCCGUGCUGUUCCUAACCCCCGCCUCCACGCCACAUCCAUGGCCACCCUCAUCCCUCGUGCUCCACCACCAAAUCCCCACCGUCACUUCCUUCUCCACCGACCACCGACCCUAUCCCCCCAGCUCCGCCUACGCCUCCCUGUUCGCCGCCUCCGCCUUGCUUCCCCGGUCGCGGCCAUUGCCACGGUGACGGCCGCCGUGCCCCCUGACGACAUCUCGCAGCUCAAUAACCGUCUCCGCGCGCUCGUCCGCCGCCGCGGUGUCUCUUCCGCUGCCACAUCUCCCAUGGACCCCGCCCAGGCGGACGCCUACCUCCACAUGAUCCGCGAGCAGCAGCGCCUCGGCCUCCGCCAGCUCCGCCGGCACGCGGCCGAACCGGAAUACGAGAGAGACGUCGGAAGCAACGCGGAGGACGAGGAGGAGGGCGCCGGAAGGAGGAAGGGGAUGGCGGCCAGGAGCUCUUUGGGGCACCGUGUGGACCCUCGUGAGCUGGAGCCCGGCGAGUACGUCGUUCACAAGAAAGUCGGCGUCGGCAAGUUCGUCUGUAUAAGCGGAGAGGACGGAGAGGACUACGUGUUCAUUCAGUAUGCGGACGCCAUGGCGAAGCUUGCAGUCGACCAGGCAGCACGCAUGCUCUACCGAUACAACCUUCCUCAUGAGAAAAAGAGGCCAAGGAAUCUAAGCAAGCUGAAUGAUCCUUCUACAUGGGAGAAGAGGAGGCUGAAAGGAAAGCUUGCUGUUCAGAAGAUGGUGGUCAACUUGAUGGAGUUAUAUUUACAAAGGAUGAGGCAGAGAAGGCCGCCAUACCGAAAGCCUGAGGCGAUGGAUCAGUUUGCUUCUGAAUUUCCUUACGAGCCUACCCCAGACCAAAACCAGGCUUUCAUAGAUAUUGAGAAUGAUCUAACUGAAAGGGAAACACCAAUGGACAGAUUGAUCUGUGGAGAUGUCGGGUUUGGUAAAACGGAAGUUGCAAUGCGUGCUAUAUUCAUCGUUGUAUCUACAGGAUAUCAAGCUAUGGUUCUCGCACCAACUGUAAUACUAGCCAAUCAACACUAUGAUGUAAUGUCUGAGCGUUUCUCCAACUACCCUGACAUAAAGGUCGCCAUAUUCAGCGGUGCUCAGAGCAAGGAUGAAAAGGAUGAGCUAAUAACAAAAAUUACGAAUGGGCAUUUGCAAAUAAUUGUUGGAACUCAUGCUCUUCUUACAGAACGGAUGGCCUAUAACAAUCUUGGUCUCCUAGUGGUGGAUGAGGAACAGAAGUUCGGUGUACAACAAAAGGAGAAGAUUGCAUCAUUCAAAGCUUCUAUUGAUGUUCUUACCCUGUCCGCAACACCCAUUCCACGCACUCUGUAUCUUGCUUUAACCGGUUUCCGUGAUGCAAGUUUAAUGUCUACACCACCUCCGGAAAGAGUCGCUGUCAAGACCUAUGUGUCAGCAUUUAGUAGAGAAAGUGCUCUAUCAGCUAUCAAAUUGGAGUUGAAGCGUGGCGGUCAAGUUUUCUAUGUUGUUCCUCGAAUAAAAGCCAUAGACGAUGUAUUGCAAUUUCUCAAGGACUCUCUUCCAGAUGUACCAAUGGCUAUUGCUCAUGGAAAGAAAGUGUCAAAGAAUAUACAACUUGCUAUGGAAAAGUUUUCUUGUGGGGAAAUAAAGAUUCUUGUAUGCACACAUAUCAUUGAAAGUGGAAUAGAUAUUCCAAAUGCCAACACAAUGAUUGUCCAGUAUGCAGAACUAUUUGGGCUCGCGCAGCUGUAUCAGUUGCGAGGAAGAGUAGGAAGAUCAGGCAGAGAGGGUUUCACAUACCUCUUCUACACUGACAAGUCUUUGCUUUCCAGAAUUGCCAUGGAUAGACUUGGAGCUAUUGAAGAGCAUUCUGAUCUCGGUCAAGGUUUCCAUGUCGCAGAGAAGGAUAUGGGUAUUAGGGGAUUUGGAAGCAUGUUUGGUGAGCAACAAUCUGGAGACGUUGCAAAUGUUGGCAUCGAUCUGUUCUUUGAUAUGCUUUUUGAUAGCUUGUCCAAGGUUGAUCACUUUCGUCUUAAACCCAUUCCUUAUAAAGAUGUUCAGCUGGACAUUAACAUUUCUCCGCAUCUCUCUUCUGAAUACAUAAGUUAUCUUGAAAAUCCUGUUGAAUUGCUCAAUGAAGCAGCGAAAGCUGCAGAACAAGAUAUAUGGAACUUAAUGCAAUUCACAGAAGAUCUUCGUCAACAGUAUGGGAAGGAGCCCCGUGAUAUGGAGUUGCUAUUAAAAAAGCUCUAUGUAAGGCGGAUGGCAGCAGAUCUUGGUAUCAGCCGGAUAUAUCCAUCUGGCAAAAUGAUCAUCAUGAAAACAAACAUGAACAGGAAAGUUUUUAGGCUCAUGGAAGAAACCAUGGCUUCUGAGACGCAUCGCAAUUCUUUGUCAUUCACUGGAAAGGAAAUUAAGGGUAUAUAUAUAUAAAUUCAAAUUGGCUCCUUUGGUUCUUUGUACGACUGGUACUUUUUCUCCAGCUUCAGUUUAGUUGGUUGGACUACUUUCCGAGAAUCAACUAACCGACAAAUCCAUAGCCCAGGCUGAACUUCUGGUCAAUCUGCCAGACACACUACUUCUGAACUGGCUUUUUCAUUGCUUAGCGGAUUGCUAUGCAAUAAUGCCAGCCCUUGUGAGAUACUAGAUUCUUUGAUUGAAAUGAAGGUUAUGACAAGCACUAUAACCUGGAAUGAACUAUUCAUGUUCGAGAAAAUGAAAAGGCAAGACACAGAUAUUCAAUUAAUCGGUCAAUUUUCAGUUAAUUGGCCAUGGGACGGUCUCUUCUUUUGUUGGUGUUGUCACUUCAGGCAUUUAAUCAGCCAUUGGUGUGUUGGUAUUGUCACUUCAGGCAAACGUGUACCAAUAAUAUGCAACAUUGUUAAGAAAAUCUGUGAAAGUGUAGUGUGACAGAUUAUACGUAUACGUUAACUGGAUGCCCAAACGGAAAGGCGUGAACUACAUUUCUGCAUCCACUGACAGUUUUGUUUAGCUAGCAGUGGCUGGUGUGAUGCACAAUUGAUAUCCUGAAGUGCUGUUCGUCAAUGGCGUUAAAGAAUUCUGGUUCAGAUUCUUGUUGCAGAGAAGAUCUCCAAGAUUCUUCUGAGGCUUUCUGAUGGAGAAAAUCCAGCAUUGUCACUAACAGGUGCAUAGGGUUCAUGACUGGUAACGUAUAGUUUUGUAAUCAGAGUGCGCUGUAUUAGGUGGGGAGAUUGAGUGAUUGAUUAGUAAUCAGAAUGCGCUGUCUUAGGCGGGGAGAUUGAGUGAUUGAUUACUUUCCCUUUGAUUCAGCAAAGGGUUGGUUUCUCUUUUUUAGGGGAACUAAAACUUUAUUGAUUAACUCAUUCCAGAGGUAUGAUUACAGUGUCAUGCGGCUCAAGUAGCCACAUAUGUCUAGGUACAAAGAGUAUUCCACUAGACUAUCAGCUUCAUGAUUUCUUGAUCCGCUCUCAUGACUGAAAUUGCACUCAAAAGCUUGUGCAUGUAGUCUGACCUCCCUAAGUAUAGCUUCAUGGGCAUCUCCUGUGUUUGCCUUUUAAGUCAUUGACUACCUUCCCACUCAAUCUCUCCUUUAGUGCUAGUGAUCUCCUUCAGUAUGGCCCUUUCUGAUCUCAAGUUCGAGCCUGGGUUGGCGUUCGAGGCCUUCAUCUGGAAGCAAUUUGGUGUCCCAGUGAAUCACUUUGAUGGUAGCAAGCUCAAGGAAUUCGUCAUGGUCGCAGAAUUCUCUCGUUCAAGGCUCCGUAUCAACAUUCACUCGGCCUGUCUCAUUCUGCAAUCUUGUUUUGGAGGUCAUGCUUCCCGUUUCAAGGUAUCUUGUAUGCAAAACUGGUCUUUCAAAUUCAGUGUCGUCUCUAGAGAUGUGGGUUUCGCUAUCAACAAAGGUGGGAAUUGUUUAAAUGAUCUCUUCAAUGUGGGUUUCUUUCGUUGGGGCAAGGGAGGCCCGGAUUUUCGCAAGGAAUUCAGACUCUACCAGCAAGAAAUUGAGCUGGAAUGGACCCUGGUUGAUCGUUCCAAAGAUCGUAGAUCUCAUGCCGAAGCAGUUCAAUCCCCACGGAUUUUUUCUUCAGGUGAAUUGAAUGUUCAUCCUUCAUGUUUACAUGACUUCUGAUAGUUUCUCAGUGCCUGAUUCAAUCAAGGUCGUCUUCAAACCCAAUCUUAACUGAACCCAAUAACAUCGCUAUUGUUGGGGCGAAAUCUAUGGGUAUGCGAAAUCUAUGGGUAUUCAAAAUUCUGGGCUUGGCAAUCGCUCAGGGGCCACUAAGGCCCAUAAUGACAGACCUCCCUUUUGUGUCUGUUGCCUCGCCACGGGUCACUUUUGGCCCAAAUGCACUAAUAGAAUCCGCUGCCAUGGAUGCAAUAGGAUGGGCCACGUUAAGAUUAAUUGCAGAAUGCGUGGCACAAUUAAUGUUCCAGGUUCCAAUCCUGUGCCCGUCAACCAGCAGCAAAAUCCGAGGGCUAUAGAUUCUCAAGCGAACCGACAGCGGCACGCAAUCGAGCCCAGUCCAGUCAAAUCAACAUGACCCGCGAGCUUCGGGGCCACCUAGCACGAGACAGCCACUCGGCUCGAUGCCUCCAAUUCCCACCGCAUAGUUGCUCCCCUGCGACACCCGCAUUCAUCGCAUGUGGUUUCCUCUGUUGCUCCCUCGAGCUCGCCGACGUUGCUAGAGAUGGCUACGUCUCCAUUCGAUCCCACCCCCGUUAUCCCUGUUAGCUGCCAUGCCAUUGAGGUCGACGGCAGGACCGCUCACCAUCGUGUAAUCCAUGGUGCUCUUGCUCCUGCCAACGAAGACCUCACCAUUGCUACAAUCAUUCCAAUGCCAGAAGGUGAGGCUGCUUUCGUCAAUGUUCAAGAAGUUCUGCAUGAUUUCCUUCAUUCCAAGCGCAUGGGUGUCACUUCUAUCUCUCGAUGCCCAUUUGGACAAGCUUUUGUGAGAUUGGUUAGCGCGGCAGAUUGGGAUUUCCUGGUUAACAGAGGCCCACAUGCUUUUGGAGACAUCCAUAUUGUUUUCCAAAGGCGCAAUGAGGGGAUGAAGUGGAGAAACUUUGAACUUACUAGGGUAGUCUGGUUACUGAUUGUGGGUUUCCCUGCUGAUUUGCGCUUGUUCCAUGAAAUCUCAAAUGACGUUCCUGGUUUUGGACAAAUGAUGGUUUGGGAUAGAUUUAAAUCAUCUGAUGCAGCAACCGUUGUCCGUGUCAAGAUUGAUGCGCUUCGUGAUGUUCCGGCCAGUAUCUUGAUCUCUGGUGCAAAGAACUUCAGUGGGCAGUCUUGGACCUGUUCGGUGAUCAUCUUUGACAUGCCCAUUGGUAAUCCUCUGCCAGAUGAAGAUCCGGUGCCUUCGAAUGGAAAUCCUCACCCCAGAUCGCAGGAGCAAUUCCAUCAGCCCAACGAAAACCUACUUGUAGGACCUGUUGGCUUUCAUCUUAUGUAACAUGAUGAUAAUGUUCUAGAGCAAGUGGAAGAGGAUGAAGGAUGGGGGCAUUGGGCUAUGCCUCAGCAGCAGUAGCUAGUUGACCAGGAGAUCCAAGCUGGUGACUUUCUGGAGCUGAAUGAUUUGCUUGAACCACUAGAGGAGGAAGUGCCCAUUCCUUUAUUUGCAGAUGGCUGUGAUUUGACUUUAUCUCUUGGUCUGAAUAUUGGAGUGCCCCCUGGGGAAGCUCACCCUGACAGCUCUGUAUUUGGAGGCCCUCCCCCUCAGAAUCUUGAAGAACUUCUAGCUUCUCUGGUCAUCCCAGAUCAACACCCAGAAUUUCAGGCAAAUUUCGACCUUAACUUGCCAAUUCCAGAGCUAGCUGGAGUUGCAGAGGCUCAUGUUCUGGAGCAGACUGCUCUGCAGCCCCACAACGACAACUUGUUGCAUGAUUGCAACAACUUGUUGCAGUUCAACAGGAAGAUGCCACUGCAGAUAUGCUGCAAGUAGUCCCGGAAGCUCCUCAUUUGACUCUACUUCCACUAGAUGAUAGCCCUGGCUCUGCUAAUGUUUAUGCUAUGAAGGUCAACCAAAACAUUGACUGUGCACCUCCAAAACCUACCAAUUCUGCCCCAGAAGGAGUACAGUUGGACAACAGUGAGAACAACAUUAUGGCUCAGGAAGACACAACUGGUGGCAAAUCUUAUUCCACAGGAUGCACACACUGCUUCUGACAGCUCUGAAGAUGCAGGAGAUGAUUUCCUGUGUAAGGAAGGUCUGGAGCUGUGGAACAAGCACUUUAAGCCUGCUGAUGGAAUGGACAAAGUGGUUCAGAUUAGCCUGGAGCAGGAAGUUUCUUCAGCCCAACAAGCUAUAACACCUGCCCGCAACAGUGUGGUGGAUGGUCAAGGAGCACACUUGGCAAGCACAUCUGCUGUUUAUGCUAGAAAGAAAAGAAAAGACAAGGCACCCAUAUGUGAAACUGAGGCCAAUGUUAAGGAUUGCACAGAGGAGAUGCUUCAGUGGCCCAAGAAAAAGAAGGAGACAAAGGGUACUGCUAAGGAGGUGCAGAAGAAGCCUGCAAUCUUCAUGCCCUAGAAUUUUUUAGUUUCAGUUAUGCUGCUAUGUAAUGAUGCUGGACCUGAUUAUUAGCACUUUUAUCAGUGGGAUAUUUAUUUUAAAUUGAAACCUUACAGUAUGGGCUGCCUUUUGUUCAAGUAUUGUAAGAACUUUGUCAGAUGAUAUGGCUGGAAA